AUAUUUCAACACUCGUCCUCUAGUACCCAUGGGAGGACCAGUGUUCGUAACCUGAAACUUUAUGUUUAAACAUUGUCUUAUGUUCCAGACGAGCACCAACCACUGUGCUCCCAAGAUUGAAAAGGAAUCAAAUGAAUUAUUACCUAAUGGCAGAAAUGAUCAAAUCUACAUCUUGUCGUGGAUGCAGCAGGAUAUUGUAAGUCGUGCAACAUUUGUACACAGCUGAAAUUGAGAUGAAGAUCCACAAGAAGAUUUUAACUCAUUACCUAUCCUGCACCUCACCUGUUGAUAAAGAAGGAUAUCUCUACAAAAAGAAAGAGAGGAAUGCUUCUUACCAGAGACGCUGGUUUGUCCUGAAGGCUAAUCUGCUGUUCUACCAGGAGAGGCCAGCAGAUCGACAUCUGUUGGGUGUGAUUUUCCUCGAGGGCUGUGCAGUCCGACACUUUGAGUCUGAUGGACAGUUUGCCUUCUCCCUGGUGUUCAGAGGACCUGGCCUGAAGACCUACAGGCUAGCAGCAGAAGACCCUCAGGGCCAGGAGAGCUGGGUAAAAGCCCUGCUGUCUGUCAGUCACUGCUACCUGUCACUGCUGGUGAGGGACCUGGGGAAGCAGUACGAAGAGGCCAAACGAGAAACAGAACCCGGAGAUUCACACCAGCGCCCUACUGUGAGUGGUCUGGGCACGAAGGGUCUUAACCAAUCCAGGGUCACCCUCAACUCAGGCUCAUCCUUCCCCAUGCAGGGGGCGGGGCCACUGGUGAGGGAGGGAAGGAGUUUCAGUGCCACUCAGAUGUUGCAAGGACACAAAAUGCCUGCUAAAGGGCCCAGUAAGAGAUCGCCAAAGCUUUGGCCAAAGAGAAAUGCACAUGUCACGCCACUAAAUGGCCCAGUUCCAGCCUACGGGGAAUGGCCUAUGAUUGGCCUGGAUUCUCUGGAAGAGUUCAGCACGCUCCACGACUACUACGGCCAAGAGGUGAGGCAGCUGAGGGAAGAAUGGAGGAGGAGGAGGCAAGAGGAGAAGGGCCAGAUUGAGGACGAUCUCUUUGGUCUGGGAUGAAAAGUGACAUCUCGUUUGAAACGUUUGAAUCACACACAAGUCCAGCUCUAGUAUUGAGAUAUGUACAGUACAAUUGCAUUUUAAAGUAUUUUAGUAUAUGUUGACUUGUUUUAAAUAUUAAAUUAUAAAGGAAUGUGAAAGAUGUGAAAAAUAAAACAUGGAUUG